UUUUUCCGACGAGUGGAGUGAAGCGGACGAGAAGGAAUCCGGCGAGCCGCCUCCGAUCCGGCGAUGGCGAGGGCGCCGCCGCGCAGGCCCACGGUGGUGGUGCUGCUGCUGGGGCUGGCCCUCGCCUUCUGCCUCGCCGUCCUCUCCAUCCAGUCCUCGCUCUUCACCGCGUCGAGUGAGCGGGCGGCGAACAGGGUGGAUCUGGACUCCGACGAGGUGCGCGCGCUCUCGGGCUUCCAGUCCCGCGUCCAGCAAUGCGUGGCAAGCAGGGGACUUGGCCUCACAGCUGAUAUCAUUGAUCAUUGCAAGCUAGCCCUUAAAUUUCCUAAAGGAACCAACAGCACCUGGUAUAACACUCAGUUCAAAUAUUUUGAACCACUUGAAUACAAGUAUGAUGUCUGCGAAACUAUCCUUUUGUGGGAACAGUACCGUAACAUGACAACUGUGUUGACAAGGGAGUACUUGGAUGUGCGACCUGACGGGUGGUUGGAUUAUGCAGCGAAAAGGAUUGCACAGCUUGGUGCUGACAAAUGCUACAAUCGUACUUUGUGCGAAGAUCUUCUUAGUGUUCUGUUGCCUGCUAAGCCUCCUUUCCAUCCACGCCAGUUUGCAACAUGUGCUGUUGUUGGUAACUCAGGAGAUCUCUUGAAAACAGAGUUUGGACAAGAGAUUGAUGCACAUGAUGCUGUGUUCCGAGAUAAUGAAGCACCUGUUAAUGAGAAGUAUGCAAAAUUUGUUGGUUUGAAAAGGGACUUUCGACUGGUUGUCAGGGGUGCUGCUCGAAACAUGGCGGCAAUACUGAAGGGCUCCUUUGAUGAGGUUCUUAUUAUUAAAAGUUUGACGCACAAAGAAAUCAAUGCAAUGAUAAAGGAACUUCCGAAUCCUGUCUAUCUUUUUCAAGGUAUAGUCCUGAGAAGAGGUGCUAAAGGGACUGGUAUGAAGUCAAUAGAAUUGGCACUUUCCAUGUGUGAUAUUAUUGACAUGUACGGUUUUACAGUUGAUCCUGGCUACACAGAAUGGACGAGGUACUUCUCAUCCCCUAGGAAAGGGCACAAUCCACUGCAAGGACGGGCUUAUUAUCAACUUUUGGAAUGCCUUGGAGUAAUUCGCAUCCACUCCCCCAUGAGAGCAAAAAGAAUAGACGAUUGGUCAGAUAUACCAGACAGGGAAGAGAUCAGAACUGCGCAUGCUGCAGCCUUUCGUCUAAAAAGGCGUGAAACUGGUCAAUCAGAUCAAAUGGGGCCAUUUAGCAACUGUAAGGUUUGGGGAACCGUUGACCCAGAUUACGGACCUGUAUCAGGAACUUCAGAUAUGAGCGAAACACGAAAGAACUCAAACUACAACAAGUGGGAGGUACUCCCGUUUGAGAGUCUACGAAGGGAGGCUCAGGAACACCAUGUCCAGAUGGGUGGCGUAUCUCUGUACAAGAUGGAUGGAAACAAGCUAGAUGAUCUUGUUUGUGUGAGGCAUGAGCAUUCAUCUAGUUAGUGGUAUCAAAACUUUGCAUGGAUAUGGCAUCUUUACUCGUAAGAUUACAAGAGGCAACAAAUUCAGUUUCUCAUUGUCCGGACAGAAUAUUCUUUUAUUGGUUUCCUAGCGAGUUUUGUAGGUACAGUAGCUUAAUCAUGCCUAAGGAUUUUUCGCUAUGGACUUGGCUGUAACGAGAUUUUGGUGUCACUUGUAACAUGAACCAGUAAUCAGGAUACUCCGAAAUGCAAUUUUGUAACUUACACUGAUGAAUUGCAGGAUGCCAUAUGCUGCUUA